AUGUUGUUGUCCAUUUUCUUCUUCUUGAUUAUCCCAUAUGCAUCCUCUUUAUCCUUUAACUUCACUAAUUUUGAUCCCAAUGGCAAGAGCAUUAUAUAUGAGGGAUCAGCUUACUCUGCUGCACCAGCUAUCCAACUUACAAGAAACCAGGUGGACAAGAACAUGAUUGAAAGUAUUGGUCGAGCCUCAUACUACCAACCUAUGCACCUGUGGGACAAUACCACAAGAAAUCUCACAGAUUUCACAACCCAUUUCUCUUUUAUUAUAGAUUCACAGAAUCGAAGUAGAUAUGGAGAUGGGAUUGCUUUCUUCCUUGCCCCUGCUGGUUCAAAGAUUCCUAAUGCCACAAAAGGAGGUUCCAUGGGUCUCACACUUGACAAUCAGAUGUUGAACUCAACUGAUAAUCCAUUUGUUGCUGUGGAGUUUGAUAUCUAUCGGAACUUCUGGGAUCCACCCAAUGAACAUGUUGGCAUCGACAUCAACUCUAUGAGAUCUGUUGCUAAUGUGACAUGGUUGGCUGAUAUCAAGGAAGGAAAGCUCAAUGAAGCUUGGAUCAGUUACAAUUCGAGUUCACUAAAUUUAAGUAUUGUUUUCAAUGGUUAUAACAAUGACACCGUUCUGCAGCAACAACUAUCUGCCAUAGUUGAUCUGAGACUUUAUCUGCCAGAAAUGGUUACUCUUGGCUUCUCGUCUGCCACAGGAAAUUUAACUGCUAUACAUAGUAUCUAUUCAUGGGAUUUUAGCUCUACUUUGGGAGCACAAGAAAACAUCACGAACUCACAAAACCCAGUUGCAAUGUCUCCAACCUUCAAUAAUACGGCUCCCAUUCAGAAGAAAAAGGCAAGGACAGGACUAGCAAUGGGAUUGGGUAUCGGUGGAUCUGUUUUAAUUGGUGGAUUGGGUUUGAUUUCAAUAGUCUUGUGGAAGAAGUGGAAGAAAGUAACUGAAGAUGAAGAUCAUGGUUUUGAAGAGUAUAUGGGUGAGGAUUUUGGAAGGGGGACAGGACCCCGGAAGUACUCUUAUGCUGAAUUGUCCCAUGCAGCUAAUAAUUUUAAAGAUGAGCAUAAGCUAGGACAGGGAGGAUUUGGAGGCGUUUAUAAGGGUUAUCUCAAAGACAUUAAGUCUUAUGUUGCUAUUAAGACGGUUUCAGAAGGUUCUGAUCAAGGGAUAAAGGAGUUUGCAUCAGAAGUAAGAAUUAUUGGCCUUUUAAGGCAUCGAAAUCUAGUGCAAUUGAUUGGUUGGUGUCAUGAAAAGAAAAAGCUAUUGCUUGUGUAUGAGUACAUGCCAAAUGGAAGCUUAGACGUUCAUUUGUUCAAAAAACAAAACUUGUUGAAAUGGGCUGUGAGAUAUAACAUAGCUCGAGGCUUGGCAUCUGCAUUGCUAUACUUGCACGAAGAAUGGGAACAAUGUGUUGUACACAGAGACAUAAAACCAAGCAACAUUAUGCUAGAUUCGGAGUUUAAUGCAAAACUAGGGGAUUUUGGUUUAGCAAGGUUUGUGGACCAUGCAAAAGGUGCACAAACUACAGCUUUAGCUGGGACUAUAGGCUACUUGGCUCCAGAAUGUGCUACCAUGGGCAGGGCCAGUAAGGAAUCAGAUGUAUACAGUUUUGGAGUUGUUGCUUUAGAGAUAGCUAGCGGAAGAAAACCCAUAAGCCUUGAAGCACAAGAAAAUGAAAUAAAUAUUGUGGAGUGGGUCUGGGGCCUCUAUGGAAAAGGUAGAAUUCUUGAAGCAGUGGAUCCAAGACUAGGUGGAGAUUUUGCGGAGGAGCAAAUCAAAUGCUUGAUGAUUGUUGGUCUUUGGUGUGCUCACCCUAAUCAAAAUGAUAGGCCCUCAGUUAGGCAAGCGAUUCAAGUGCUUAACUUUGAAGCUCCCUUUCCUAAUCUUCCAUCAAGUUUUCCAGUGCCAACAUAUCUUGACUUCCCAAUGAACUCCUCCAUAGCUCCAUUCAGCAUAAAUGCUUCUGGGGAAGGUCAACACCACAACAUAAGCUUUAGUUCUAACACAAACUCCUCUGGUUUCACCACAACUUCUGAUGAUGUUUCUCCAUCUGUGUCGCUUCUGUACACACGGUAA